GUCCUACGCUGGGAAUCCGCCGGAUAAAAGUUCUACGUCAUGAUUUUCGCGUCACAUCUUUGUCAGUGAACAAAAUGGCAACCUACUGCUUAACUGUCACCCGGCUUCAGCUCGCUCUGGGCCAGGGUGCCCGUCGGCUGCAUGUGUCGGCGGCCCUCAGCGCUAAGGCCAAGGUGGCCAUGAGCCGCUUUGAGCCCAGCUCCCACAUCAAAUAUGAAAACAUGCAGAACAAUGUCAACAUCGUUCGCAAGAGGCUCAACCGGCCCCUCACCCUGUCGGAGAAGAUCGUGUACGGCCACCUGGACGACCCCCACAACCAGGAGAUCGACAGGGGCCGCACCUACCUGCGCCUGCGGCCUGACCGUGUGGCCAUGCAGGACGCCACGGCCCAGAUGGCCAUGCUGCAGUUCAUCAGCAGCGGCCUGCCCAAGGUGGCCGUGCCCUCCACCAUCCACUGCGACCACUUGAUCGAGGCCCAGACCGGCGGCGCCCAGGACCUCAAGAGGGCAAAGGAGAUCAACCAGGAGGUGUACAACUUCCUGGCCAGCGCUGGGGCUAAGUACGGUGUGGGCUUCUGGAAACCGGGCUCUGGCAUCAUCCAUCAGAUCAUCCUUGAGAACUACGCGUACCCCGGCGUCAUGCUGAUCGGCACGGACUCGCACACGCCCAACGGGGGCGGCCUGGGCUGCAUCUGCAUCGGGGUGGGCGGAGCCGACGCCGUGGACGUGAUGGCCGGCAUCCCCUGGGAGCUCAAGUGCCCCAACGUGAUUGGCGUGAAGCUGACGGGCACCCUGUCCGGCUGGACGUCCCCCAAAGACGUGAUCCUGAAGGUGGCCGGCAUCCUGACUGUGAAGGGUGGCACCGGAGCCAUUGUGGAGUACCACGGGCCCGGCGUUGAUUCCAUCUCCUGCACAGGAAUGGCCACCAUCUGCAACAUGGGAGCUGAAAUUGGCGCCACCACCUCUGUCUUCCCCUACAACCACCGCAUGAGGACCUACCUGCACAAGACUGGACGCGGAGAUAUUGCUGCCUUGUCUGAUGAGUACCAGGACCUGCUGGUGCCUGAUGAAGGCUGUGAAUACGAUCAGGUUGUCGAAAUCAACCUGAGUGAGCUGAAACCCCAUAUCAAUGGGCCCUUCACCCCCGACUAUGCUCACCCCGUGUCUGACAUUGGCAAGACGGCAGUAGACAAGGGAUGGCCCCUGGAAGUCAAAGUGGGCUUGAUUGGCAGCUGCACCAACUCCAGCUAUGAGGACAUGGGCAGGGCAGCCUCGCUGGCCAAGCAGGCUCUGGACAAAGGCCUCAAGUGCAAGGCCCAGUUCACCGUCACCCCCGGGUCCGAGCAGAUCCGCGCCACCAUCGAGAGAGACGGCUAUGCCAAGAUCCUGAGUGAUGUGGGAGGUGUAGUGUUGGCCAACGCCUGUGGACCCUGCAUCGGACAGUGGGACAGGCGUGACGUCAAGAAGGGAGAGAAGAACACCAUCGUCACGUCCUUCAACCGUAACUUCACUGCCAGGAAUGACGCCAACCCUGCCACCCAUGCUUUCGUCACCUCCCCUGAGAUCGUCACGGCCAUGGCCAUCGCCGGCCGUCUGGACUUCAACCCUGAGACGGACUUCCUGACCGCGCCCAACGGCGAGAAGUUCAAGCUGGAGCCGCCCAACGCCGACGAGCUUCCCGCACGUGACUUCGACCCGGGCGAGGACACCUACCAGCACCCACCGCCCGACGGCAGCGCCCUGCGCGUGGACGUCAGCCCCCAGAGCAACCGACUGCAGCUGCUCGCGCCCUUCGACAAGUGGAGCGGCAAGGACCUGGAGAACCUUCAGGUCCUCAUCAAGGUAAAGGGCAAGUGCACCACUGACCACAUCAGCGCCGCUGGCCCCUGGCUCAAGUUCCGCGGUCACCUUGACAACAUCUCCAACAACAUGCUGAUUGGUGCCGUGAACAUUGAGAACGACGGCAUAAACAGCAUUAAGAACCAGCUGACCGGGGAGUACGGAGGAGUGCCGGAUGUGGCCCGCCACUACAAGGCUAAUGGUCUGUCAUGGGUGGUGAUCGGUGAUGACAACUACGGAGAGGGCUCCAGCAGAGAGCACGCUGCCCUGGAGCCCCGUCACCUGGGGGGACGCGCCAUCAUCGUCAAGAGCUUCGCUAGGAUCCAUGAGACGAACCUGAAGAAGCAGGGCCUGCUGCCUCUGACCUUCGCCAACCCUGCCGACUACGACAAGAUUCGCCCUGACGACAAGCUCUCUAUCAAAGGCCUCCAGACCUUCACCCCUGGAAAGGCUCUAAGCGCUGUCAUCCACCACAGUGACGGCAGCUCGGACACCAUCACCCUCAACCACACCUUCAACGAGACGCAGAUCCAGUGGUUCCAGGCAGGCAGCGCUCUCAACCGGAUGAAGGAGCUGCAGUAGAGCUGCAUGAGAUGAACGAGAGGGAGAGAGGAGAGGAGAGGAGAGGAGAGGAGAGGGGAGGAGUGCAGGAGUAGACCAGGCGAGGGGGAGGUAGUAGAGCCCUGGCCCUGGCAGAGCGUGAAUGAAUGGGGAGGGUCACGAUGUUCAGGGAAGCAAAAAUAUGGGAGAUUUUUUUUAAGUGUCUUGUGAGAAAUAGUCCGCAGGACUUUUAGGCGGGGUUUGAGAGAAAAUGAAAAUGAGAUGGAUAUUUCCCUUCCCCUUUCCGUACCCCUAUACCUACUUACUCCUACCCCAAAUCCAAUAGACUUCUGUAAUCGUACGACCAUCACGAACACACAAGGCACCCACACACACUUUUCAGUGACACAGCACAUCAAGAAUAUUUACUGCGAUCGAGGUCAUCACAGUAUAUAAGGACAUUUAUGUGCAGUCCUUCAAGGUUGCUUCUUGCCACUCUGUCGACGGUUUGAAUCCGCUUACGAUUUUUCUGACCGAUACACUCAACUCUGUUUUAUGUGUUAAAGGGAAGCUCGUCGUAGAGCACAAUAUAGAUGUGUACAUAGAUACCAAAACCCUGCAGUAGUUGUUUAUUUUAUGAUGGUAUUAAUUUCCUGCCAAACAAAGCGUUUCAGUUCUGUUGCGUCAGUCUCGCCGUUGUCGAUGUGUGGCUUUUUUAAAUGCUUCAAAACACGGUUUCGCUGCUCGUUUCGCCCUCCAGUACUGAACUGCAUGCAUCCACUGUAACUGUUUUGUUCUAACGCGUACACAACGGGUUGAAACUCGCCUGUAUCACUUUUUGCAAUAUUAUCUGGCGAUGCGUCUGUUCGUCUGGUCAAUUCAGCUCUACUUGGUGCCACUUGUCAAGCAAUCCUCAUGAUGGUCGCAGAAACAUUUUGCCCACGGUUUUUGUUUUAAAACAAAAUGUCCUCCUCCUCCUCUCUGAACUUCUCGAUUGACUCUCUUCCUCAAAUCCCUUACCACUAAGCCGCUUGCUGCCGCCAUCACCUCCGGCAGUAUUGCCGUCAGUUCCCCAAAUAGUAAUGUUGACCACCAUCUAUACCACCAUUCACAACUCAAUUCCACGCAGGUCAAAAGCUCUCCUCCACUAUUUUAAAAGAGUAAUUUAUUUAUACUUUCCAAAAAAGAGAAACUCCAUAUGUGCAUUAAAAAAAAAGCUAGCUCGGAACAGACCUGUCCUCUGUCUCACAAUGUUGAUUUAUGAUGUUGACGAUGGAUCAUGGCUCAGUCAUGGUUGGACUUCCAUUCUCUCCUGCUCCCUUGCUCCCUUUGUAAUACCCUUUUUUGUAGGGUUGUGUAUUUCCUCGUUAUGUUUGUGUCACCAAGCUUAAAACCUUCUGAUGAAACAGUUGCUUCUCCCCCCUCUCCAUUCUCCACGUAUUGCUUAUAGUGGUUUGAAAGGAAUCGAAAAAACAAAAGGUCACUGACAACUGCGUCUAGUUUGGAUCAUUUUAAAGCGGAAGAAGAACGAAUUUAAGUAAAUUAUUACACAAUAAAUAAAGUUAAAAGUAAGAAUCGCAUUUUUUUGAUGUGGUCUUUCCAUCCAAACUGACUUUCUGAGAGAUGCCCCCCUUUUCUUUUGAUCCUGGUUUGGUCCUCAUUGUUGAUUCUGCCCAACCCUCCAAACACUCCUCCUAAAUUUCAAAUGCUCACUGUAUUUUUGUUUUGAGGAUUUUACCCUCCAACUGUUCAUAAACUUGGACAUUGUCUGGUUCCGUGUAUAUUGAAAUGUUUUUCUUUUCUUUUUUUCUUUUCUUUUUGCAUUUAAUGGCCGAGUGUGGUCAAACCGGCCACUGGGUUGUCAUAAAUUAGAAAAGAACACAGAAUGUCGGUGUGGUGUGUGUGUUUUUCACAGUGUGGCUAAAAAAAACAUGAAUGGGAAUUAACUGUAUGAUGAAGAUGAUGAUGAUGAUAACAGACAUUAUUUUACAGAAAAUAGAGGGCUUUGCUUUGGUCAGAUUUUUACCUCUCAGAGUUCUGUCACUCCUGUCAGAAAACACGCACAAAAGUAGCCUAAAUAGCCCUAAUAUUACUGAACAUGAUGAAGACUAUGAAAGGCUACAUAUUAUUAUAUCACUCUUAAAUAGUUUUGCGAAAUCUAAUAGAUCUGAAAAAACGGCAACACCUUAAGUGAUACCAGAAACCAGCUGAUUUUAACCCUUACAUGUGGGACAAUAUUAUUUAGCUUGAAUGAUUUUUCUUUGUGUAGUAGUUUUAAAGUGAAAAACAUGUACUCUAUGUUGGUCGACUGUGCAACUUGUAUAUAAAAUCAGAAUGUCUUGUUGCCA